GUGAUCGUAAUGGCGGAGGGAGGCUUUGACCCCUGUGUGUGCAUCUGCUCCCAGGAGCAUACCAUGAGACGACUCAUCAACCUGGUAAGAGUGUGUGUGAGUGACGGAGAGAGAUUCCAUUUGUGUAUCAGUCAAAGAUGUCUCCGUGGUUGUGGUGGAAGUACUUCCUCUGUGUAAAUAGUCGUGUGUUACUAACUUACUCCAUCUUAUUAAGACCGUGCUUACUCUCUCUCACCCUGAUGGAUGGGGGGGUAGUGAAUGAAUGUACACUUCAGGUGGAAGGAGAGGUUAUUGGACAGAAAGAGAGGGGGAGACGGAGAUAGGUGAAUGGGAAGAGGGGGAGGGAGAGAGAGAGAGAGAUUUGCACAUCGUUACAACACUGUAUAUAGACAUAACGUGACAUUUGAAAUGUCUUUAUUCUUUUGUAAUGUUUACUGUUAAUUUUUAUUGUUUAUUUCACUUUUAUUUAUCUACUUCACUUGCUUUGGCAAUGUUAACAUACGUUUCCCAUGACAAUAAAGCCCUAAAAUUGAAUUGAAAUUGAAAUUGAAUUGAGGGAGAGAGGAGAAAUAGAAAGAGAGUGAAGGAGAGGAAGAGUGAAGGAGAGGCACAGAGAGAGGGUGAAGGAGAGGAACAGAGAGAGGGUGAAGGAGAGGAACAGAGAGAGAGGAGGGAGGAGAACAGUGUGUGGGACUGUGGAGGCUCUGAGCCAGCAGCAUAUCCUGGUUCCUGCUGUCUGUCUCUCUCCUCCAGCAGCAUAUCCUGGUUCCUGCUGUCUGUCUCUCUCCUCCAGCAGGAUAUCCUGGUUCCUGCUGUCUGUCUCUCUCCUCCAGCAGGAUUUCCUGGUUCCUGCUGUCGGUCUCUCUCCUCCAGCAGGAUUUCCUGGUUCCUGCAGACCGACAGACAGACAGACAGACAGACAGACAGACAGACAGACAGACACACAGAUGGUGUGUGUCUCUCUCUCUCUCUUAUCUCUGUGCUUCAAAGUAGUGACUAGAAUGUUGCAACAAUAGAAUGCCGGGAGGCGGGGUGUAAAUCUGUUUAGAAUGUGCUCUAGCCAGCUAGGCCAUCUCAUUGGUCCCUGUGUACAGGUGUGUCAUAUGUGGCCAGCUGUCAUUGGUCCAGCACAACCAUGAGCAUUUCCUCAUUUGCCAACAGACCUAAACCACAGCUCAGUCCUUUACUCCCUGUCUGAUAUCUUAUUUUAAUGAACAUAUAGAUACAGACCUAUGUUGAGUUAUAAACUACAUAUAGAUACAGACCAAUGUUGAGUUAUAAACUACAUAUAGAUACAGACCAAUGUUGAGUUAUAAACUACAUAUAGAUACAGACCAAUGUUGAGUUAUAAACUACAUAUAGAUACAGAUCUAUGUUGAGUUAUAAACUACAUAUAGAUACAGACCUAUGUUGAGUUAUAAACUACAUAUAGAUACAGACCUAUGUUGAGUUAUAAACUACAUAUAGAUACAGACCAAUGUUGAGUUAUAAACUACAUAUAGAUACAGACCUAUGUUGAGUUAUAAACUACAUAUAGAUACAGACCUAUGUUGAGUUAUAAACUACAUAUAGAUACAGACCUAUGUUGAGUUAUAAACUACAUAUAGAUACAGACCUAUGUUGAGCUAUAAACUACAUAUAGAUACAGACCUAUGUUGAGCUAUAAACUACAUAUAGAUACAGACCUAUGUUGAGUUAUAAACUACAUAUAGAUACAGACCUAUGUUGAGUUAUAAACUACAUAUAGAUACAGACCUAUGUUGAGUUAUAAACUACAUAUAGAUACAGACCUAUGUUGAGCUAUAAACUACAUAUAGAUACAGACCUAUGUUGAGUUAUAAACUACAUAUAGAUACAGACCUAUGUUGAGCUAUAAACUACAUAUAGAUACAGACCUAUGUUGAGUUAUAAACUACAUAUAGAUACAGACCUAUGUUGAGCUAUAAACUACAUAUAGAUACAGACCAAUGUUGAGUUAUAAACUACAUAUAGAUACAGACCUACAGGGCCGUGAAAAAGGAUUUGCCCCCUUUCUGAUUUUCUCUAUUUUUUGCGUAUUUCUGAUCCUGAAUGUUAUCAGAUCAAAACCUUUUAUUAGAUCAAGGGAACCUGAGUUUAUAAGUAACAAACAAAAAUGUAUACUUAUUUUAUUUAUUUCAUUAACAAAGUUAUGCAACACCCAAUUCCCCUGUGUGAAAAAGUAAUUUCCCCCCUUACACUCAAUAACUGGUUGUGCCACCUUUAGCUGCAAUGACUCCAACCAAAUGCUUCCUGUAGUUGUUGAUCAGUCUCUCACAUCGCUGUGGAGGAAUUUUGGCCCACUUUUGCAUGCAUAACUACUUUAACUCAGCAACAUUUGUGGGUUUUCAAGCAUGAACUGCUCGUUUCAAGUCCUGCCACAACAUCUCAAUUGGGAUUAGGUCUGGACUUUGACUAGGCCAUUCCAAAACUAGAAAUCUGUUGCUUUUUAAUAAUUUUCAUGUAGACUUGAUUGUGUGUUUUGGAUCAUUGUCUUGCUGCAUGACCCAGCUGCGCUUCAGCUUCAGCUCACAGACGGAUGGUCUGACAUUCUCCUGUAGAGUUCUCUGAUACAGAGCAGAAUUCAUGGUUCCUUCUAUUAAGGCAAGUCGUCCAGGUCCUGAGGCAGCAAAGCAUCCCCAAACCAUCACACCACCACCACCAUGCUUGACCGUUAGUAUGAUGUUCUUACUGUGGAAUGCAGAGUUUGGUUUUCGCCAGACAUAAUGGGACCCAUCUCGUCCAAAAAGUUGACUCAAGUUUGUCAAAAAGCACCUGGAAGAUCAUCAAGACUCUUGGUAGAAUGUUCUAUGGACAGAUAAUUCAAAAGUAUAACUUUUUGGAUGACAUUUUAAUGUUAAAAUGACACACCCUUUUCCUUGCCAAUGUGGAAGUUCCAGUUUUGUGUUCCUUGCCAAUGUGGAAGUUCCAGUUUUGUGUUCCUUGCCAAUGUGGAAGUUCCAGUUUUGUGUUCCUUGCCAAUGUGGAAGUUCCAGUUUUGUGUUCCUUGCCAAUGUGGAAGUUCCAGUUUUGUGUUCCUUGCCAAUGUGGAAGUUCCAGUUUUGUGUUCCUUGCCAAUGUGGAAGUUAUUUUGCCACCACCUGUAUUUCCUGGCCUGACCAGAAGAGGGCGAGAGCUGCCGGACGAGUAUCAUUAGCUCAUUGGAAUGGAAUGAUUCACUGGAAACCACAAGAUCUGUCUGUCUCUCCGUCUGUGUCUGUCUGUCUGUCUCACUGUCUCCGUCUGUUUGUCUGGUCUAUAAGGACAUAACCAACAUGAUCUGUAAACUCAUGUUCUCUCUCUCUCCCUCUGUCUCUCUCUCUCUAUCUCCCUCUCCCUCUCUCCUCUCUGUCUCUCUCCCUCCGGAGGAGAACAGACGUUCUUACUGGACAAACCCACCAUAUCUCCACCGUGACGUUUCUUGCGUUAUACGUCGACCUCUGACCCCUGUACAUCACAACUUAUUUCCCUAUAUAGUGCACUACUUUUGACCAGAGCCCUGUGGGGUAGUGCACUAUAUGGGGGCGGGGGGGGGGGGGGCCACAAAACAUCUGACCUCAUCAUGAGGGGCCGCAGUUGCUGGCGGAUCUGCCAACCCACAUCCAUAAGUGGCUAACAUAACAAGAGAGGGACUGCUGAUUUGCGACCCAAAUGUCGAAAUGGCACUUUGUGUAAUCUACUAUUCUAACUCGGAGGGGGGGGGGGGGGGGGGGGGGGCAUGCAGACUGGAUCAGCUCGGAGGGGGGGGGGGGGGGCAUGCAGACUGGAUCAGCCUCGGGGGGGGGGGGGGGGGGCAUGCAGACUGGAUCAGCCUCGGGGGGGGCAUGCAGACUGGAUCAGCCUCGGGGGGGGGGGGGGGGGGGCAUGCAGACUGGAUCAGCCUUUUAUACUGUGGUUUUUAUUCUAUACUGGGGGCAUCACUGGGUGCAUCUCAAAUGGCCUUUCUAGUGCAUUACCAAAGGGGCUCUGGGCAGAAUUAGUGCACUAUAAUAAUGGGGGUGCAGUUUGGGAUGCAAGACAUUAUUUAGUUAUGAUCAACUAGCUAGUCACUAGUAAUCUGGUUUAUUGAUUGGUCUGGCUGUUCCUCUGUCUGUUUUACAUUUUAAAUUUUUAGUCAUUUAGCAGACCGCUCUUAUCCAGAGCGACUUACAGGAGCAAUUAGGGUUAAGUGCCUUGCUCAAGGGGCACAUCGACAGAUUUUUCACCUGGUCGGCUCGGGGAUUAGAACCAGCGACCUUUCGGUUACUGGCACAACGCUCUUAACCACUAAGCCACCUGCCUCCGUUUUGAAGCCCAUACGCCAUUUUGAAAAAAACUAUUUUAUAUUAACCCCCCCCCACUCUCUCUCUGUUAGGCGUUGGGAAGAGGGACCGUCAACUCGUGUCUUCUCCCAGAAAAAGAAACCUUAUUACCUAAAAUAGUGCACUACUUUUGACCAGGGAUCUGGCGAACAGUAGUGCACUAUAUAGGGAAUAGGGUGUGAUUUGGGACGCUUGUCGCCUCUGCUUUGAGGCGUAGUGUGAGAGAUGUGUACUAGCAUGUUGCUUUGCUACGUGUUCUCACGUGUCUUCAUCUAGGCGUUAAUAAGCACUGCUAAGGUGGUGGUCUAAGGUAGUGGUCUAAGGUAGUGGUCUAAGGUAGUGGUCUAAGGUAGUGGUCUAAGGUGGUGGUCUAAGGUAGUGGUCUAAGGUAGUGGUCUAAGGUGGUGGUCUAAGGUAGUGGUCUAAGGUAGUGGUCUAAGGUGGUGGUCUAAGGUGGUGGUCUAAGGUAGUGGUCUAUGGUAGUGGUCUAAGGUGGUGGUCUAAGGUGGUGGUCUAAGGUAGUGGUCUAAGGUGGUGGUCUAAGGCGGUGGUCUAAGGCGGUGGUCUAAGGUAGUGGUCUAAGGUGGUGGUCUAAGGCGGUGGUCUAAGGUAGUGGUCUAAGGUGGUGGUCUAAGGUGGUGGUCUAAGGUAGUGGUCUAAGGUGGUGGUCUAAGGUAGUGGUCUAAGGUGGUGGUCUAAGGUGGUGGUCUAAGGUAGUGGUCUAAGGUAGUGGUCUAAGGUGGUGGUCUAAGGUAGUGGUCUAAGGUAGUGGUCUAAGGCGGUGGUGUAAGGUAGAGGUCUAUGGUGGUGGUCUAAGGUGGUGGUCUAAGGUAGUGGUCUAAGGUAGAGGUCUAAGGUGGUGGUCUUAGGUGGUGGUGUAAAUAGUGAAUUGGGUGUGUGUUUAAGAUGGAGCCCAUAGAAGAGAAUGGAACCUGUUCUCUUGCUGUAAGCAAGAAAGGGUUAACACCAGUUUUAACAGUUCAGCUACAGAGGCCUCAGAGGGUCAAAAAGGUUUGGUUAUUCUAAUCUAAAACAUUGAAAGUCAAACAGUUACUAAAGUUAUUUUUAUCUUUACGGGGGUUUGUUAUGUACUCUAAUGGUUGAAUAGUAGAAAGAAAAUUGGAUAUAUAGACGUGUGUGUAUAUAUAUAUAUAUUAUCCUAAUCUGUAGCUUAAAAUUACUCCAACAUUACUUAUGUUACUUAUAAUGGCACUUUUAGUUACUGCGUUUGUUACCUUUCUGUCUGAAGAUCAGCGCUGGAGCACAAUUUGAAAUGUAAAGGUAAUUUCUGAUCGAGCCGACAUACAUGUGCAGCGUUUACCGUGAAUGGAAUCUCCGCCAGCGUUUACCGUGAAUGGAAUCUCCGCCAACGCAGGAACAUUACCUUUUACAUUUCUAUCACGGUGUAGCGCAGAUCUUCAGGUCUUCAGCGCUACAGAUCUUCAGAUCUUCAGGUCUUCAGCGCCACAGGUCUUCAGCGCUACAGAUCUUCAGAUCUUCAGGUCUUCAGCGCUACAGAUUGAAUCGAGUCCUAGGAGCUGGGUUUUUUUUCCCUGUCAGGUUAUCAUGCGAUCAGGAAAAAACUCUGGGCCCAGAAAUAUGUCCCAAAUGGCACCCUAUUCCCUAUAUAUAUAUAUAUAGUGUAGUGCACUACGUCGACCAGUAUGUCAAAAACUAAAGUAGGUCUGUAGUCCGCAGUAGUGCACUGUAUAGGGAAUAGAGUACCAUUUGGGGAGCACCCUUGUGUGGUGCCAUUGGAGGCCUCUAAUAACACUGUAUUUACCAGUAUUAGUCUAGCAGAGAGCAAGAAAGGGCUUCAACUAUGCACUUUUUACCUUAUAAAACUACAAAUAAACAGUAAUACAACAGCUUCCUGGUCGUCUGUCUGUCUGACUCCCCUGUCAGUCUGUCUGUCUGUCUGUCUGUGUGAGUGGGUGGGUGUCCGUCUAUAGAUAAGAGAUCUUGUGUGAACAAGGUUAACUCUCUUUCCUCUUCUCAAAUCCAACCUUAAUCAGGUAAUGUCCUAUUUGUCACGGUCAUAUAAAAGCAAUUUCCGGUGAUACUAAUACGUCCCAAAUGGCACCCCGGUCCCCUACGUAGUGCACUACUUUAGACCAGAGUCUAUAGAGGGGAUAGAGUCCAUUUGGAAAAGAAACAUCUUAGUUCCACCUGAGCUCACAGUGACAACGCUGUAAUGUUGAUCUUUUUUUUUAAACCCUGCCCCAUCCCCGAUCUAACCACCGUGACGUCUCACUCGCUGGUUGGCUGUACGCCACCCGGUUGCGACGCACACCCCGGAAGACUUUUUUUCGCCCAAUUUGUACAAGGGUCGCCACUAGUUACCACAGCCACAAAGUCAUAAACCCCGCCUAUUUCUACAAUUUAUCUUCUUCAAAUGUGAUUUUAAACCUAACGUUAACGCCACUGCUAACCUUAUUCCUAACCCUAAAUUGAGACCAAACAGCUAUUUUUUUGUUUUCAUGAAUUGUUACAAUAUAGACCGUUUUGACUUUGUGGCUGUGGCAUCUAGUGGAAACCCAGCACAAAUUGCAACAUUACUGAGCUCGCAUUCGUAACUAAAGGGUUCAGUACAACAACUAUCGACAAGCGACCCCUUCCACACCCAAUAUCUUCAAGCAGCAAUAUUCCCGUGAUCAAUUUACAAAGUGUCAGUCAAGGUGACAUUUGAUUAUACCGAUAGCGGAACUGGGUUUUGCGAAUUGGAAGUUAUCCGUGAGAUCAGUAGUUGACUCCGCAGUGGUAAGUGUUAACUACUAAGUAGCUAUGCAAUUACUAAUAGUUAGAAUAACGUUUUUAACUGUUGCUGAACCGUUUGAUGUUGAUAUUUGUUGAGAUUGACAUCUUGCUCAGCUUUAUUUUAGCCAAGUAGAAUAAUCCAACCAAAUCAGAACGGAAUUCCUGUAUUUAUCUGCUUCCAACAUUCUGGAAUAAAGCCUCGGAUCUCUUCAUUGUGAAAGUUGUUGUGCAGAGUUUAGCGGCUAUGGCAGCUUCAUACGUUCACACACAGUUACGUAAUAAUCUCCUUUUCUUAUCCAACCACGUGCUCCUAGGCUAAAUCCUCUGCACAGAGACACAAUCCCCUCUACCAAACAGGGCUAACGUUAUUCCAAUCCCCUCUACCAAACAGGGCUAACGUUAUUCCAAUCCCCUCUACCAAACA